AUGAACUCUUCCUUCUGGACACAGACAGAAGGUAGCAGACCUGAUUUACUCUGUGGAAUGCCAGCUGACUACGCUUACGGAAAGGGGCAUUUCAUAACGCUUCUGUGUUCAGCUGUUGUUAUGGGAGGAUUUCUGAGGGCGUAUUUGAAGAAUUCUGAAGUCAUUGUCUUGGCAAUUCUUUCUCUGUCAGGAUUUGCGCUAGGACAGCUGGCCUACAAUAUUGUUGAGGUGCACAAAGUUGUCUACCCUCUUCUAAGAACACCAAGUUUUUCGCUUUAUUGUUAUUUUUCACCUUUAAUUAUAUUUCUGGCUGCUUUGGACGUGGAUUUUUAUAUACUCAAGAAUGUGCUUUGGCAGGUCCUCUUAACUGGAUUAAUUAGCUUUUCUACGGCAUUCAUCAUAAUUGGAUAUGUGGUUCUGAAAUUCAAUAAAGAUGAAUGGGAUUUGCAGUCUUGCCUGCUCUUUAGCUUGACUCUUGGCAUCACAGAUCCUAUUCAUUCUGUGAAUUCACUGAAAAUGAUUGGCAUUUCCAAAAUGUAUACUGAUAUCAUUAGAGGGGAAUCAAUGAUCAUCUGUGGUUUUACAUCCAUUGUUUUUGGAAUGUUUCGGAGACACUCACAUCACUUACCCAUGUUUAGGGAGUUACACAUGAUUGUGGACCUCUCCAUGGACAUUUUUGGAAGCAUAAUAUGUGGAUAUUGGUGUGCAAGAAUCAUUCAGUUUACAUUGACUGACCUUUUUAGCAAUACGCUGACUAAUGUCAUUAUUUGCGUUUCAAUGGUGUACAUGACUUUCUACAUUGUGGAAUUUUUUGGAAUGUCAGGUAUGGUUGCUUUAAUCACUGUAGGACUGAAUUUGGAUUCCUUAAGCUUUAAACCAAGGAUGGAGUUCAUAAUUACUAAGUUCUUCAAAAUGUUUUCAUCUGUCUUCCAAGAUUUAAUAUACACUUUCUUUGGCAUUGUGAUUGGAUGUGGAGAAAUCAAGUAUUUUCGAUUUCACACUGUGAGUUUCAUGUUCAUCUUAUUUGCAACAGUAAAUGUUGUGAGGUUGCUUACUACUGUGUUAGUGAGCCCUAUUCUGAUGCGUUCGAGUUAUGAAUAUAAUUGGAGAUGGGGAGUUGUGAUAGCCUGGUCUGGAAUUAAAGGAGUUUUCAGCUUACUCUUGGCUCCUGAUAUUCACAAUCUGGCUGAAAAAAAACCAAAGUCACCACAAAUGUUUAUCUUGUAUCUACUAGUAACAUCGUUGAUGACUAUGGGAAUAAAUUCGUACAUGAUGACUCAUUCAGCCAGGACAUUGGGUUUGUGUGCUAUUUCACUUCCAAGACAAAUGGCCAUGCAAAAUGCCAUUAAGCACAUACAGGAGAUAAUACAGAACACAAUCACUUUAUUUAAAACAGAAAAGAUUUUGACAAAUGUUAAUUGGACCUUGGUAGAAGAAAAAACAAAGAUUGAAUACAUCAUUCCUUUUUCCCACGUUUCACAUGAUGAAAAAGAGGAAGAGUCCCCAACGGAUGAAGUUUUAAUGGAAGAAGCCAGAUUGCACAUAGCUAUAAUACAAAUGAGGAGCUUUGAAAAACAGUGUAACAAUGGAAUUCUCGGUGUAGAGGCAGCCCGGAUACUAAUUGGUGCGGCCAAAAGCUAUUGCCCCAUCCAAGGAAAAUUCAUGAGCAUUUAUGAUGUUUCAACUUACGUAAGAGCUAGAAGUUGGCUUAUGAAAUUUAAAAAUAUGUUAACUUUCUUGGACUAUCGUACAGAUAAGGCACCUCUUAUUCUACACGGGAAUAAUAAAUUUAUGAUUUUUGUAUAUCGCAUUGUAUUUUCAGAAGAAUUUGAAUAUACAGGACAUAUUAUAACAUUUAUACACAUUUACCCUAUGAUAAUGCAUCUAUGGCCAAUGGCAAGAGAAUUAAAUGUGGCAGGACUGCUAUUAGUAAACUAUUAUUUUGUAUCUUUAUACGUAUUAGAAUCAGCAUUGAAGAUAAUCAUUUUGAAAAGAAAAUAUUUUCGUCAGUAUUGGAACACUUUGGAAUUUGUUAUUGUGCUUAUUGGAAUCUUUGAUAUCUUUUUUAUACACCUUGUCAGAUGGAGACCAGACAACUUGGUUCUUAUUCAGAUUGUAAUAAUAAUAGGAUAUUUCAGAAUAAUUAGGUUUAUUCCUCUCAUCAAGAUAAUAAUACCACUGCUGAUAAAUAUUGCAGAUGUGCAGAUCAAAAAGCGUCUCAGGUUGAUGUAUAGUAUUACAAAAGGCUAUGUCAAAAGUCAAGAGGACGCCAAAUUUUUAAUAAAACAAAUUUCUAGCCGAGAAUCAAUAAAUCAGAAAUUAUAUGAAAUUUUGGAAACUAAUCAACGAGAUGCUGUCAAAGAACUAGGACUCAUAGAGCACGAGGGUCGUGAUGUCGUCAUUGCUUUGAAGACUAGGCAGGCAAUCCGGAACGUGAUUGCUAAAGCUUUGAAAAACCUCACCUUCCUUUGGUCAAGAGGCAUUAUUGAUAAGCAUGAGGGCGUAGAGAUGAAUAAGGUGCUUCUUGCAAAAAUAAAGGCACUCAAUAACUUUCCAAUGGCAAUCCCACCCCCUACUCCUGAAAAAUAUCUUCAUAAUAUCCUUUGGCUAGAAAAUAAAGAUGUUCUCAUUGAGUUCUUCAAGGAAAGAGCAAAACUUGCCUAUUUUGACUAUGGAGAUGUCAUUUGUAAAGAAGGUGAAAUGCCGCAAGGAAUCUACUUAAUUAUUUCAGGAAUGGCAAUUUUGCAUAGUUCACCUCCUACCUUUGGAAUAGACAGUGCCCUAAGGCCUGAUAGAGAGUCCAAAACCAUGUUUACAGAAUACUGUACCAGUGGCGACGUAAUUGGAGAGUUGAGCUGUCUGCUCAAGCGUGAAAGUGAAUGUACUGCCAUCUGUGAAACAAUUUUACAGGCCUGCUUUAUCUCCCUGGAGGAUUUAUAUGAAGGCUUUGAUGUCUUCUGGCCAUCCCUGGAAUAUAAAAUAUGGCUAAAGCUUGCUCUCAGUAUUGCCUAUCAGUAUUUUGAAUCAAGUCUCAUUGAUGAGGACUUAACCUUUCGGAAGUGUGCAGAGCUCAAUCUUGCAUAUGUGCAGACUUUAUCAAGCUACAAUGAAAUGACCAUUGAUAAUGAGACCAUGAAAUUUGUUAUUGUUGUGUACGGCAGUGUCAUUGAUACUAAGAGAGAAGUACCAUAUCUUGCACCUUGCAUUUUACCUAAAACCUGUGGACAGGUUCAGGGAACUUCAGAUUUAAGCAAGUUGCUGGUGAUCCAAGCAUCUGAGCCUGUCAAAAAUAAUAAUAACGCCAAGGUCAUGGUCAACACUGGUGUUCGAAUGACCAAGAAAGAACAUAACUGGAAAAGAUGAGUUGGAAAUUGAAUCCCAUCUCACAAAAGGAUACUAAUGGCACUAACGUGAUAUGUGGCGUCAGGUUAAAGACUGAGCUAAUAUCCCAGCUCAAGUGCUGAAGAAUGAUCUGGCAAGAAGUUUACUUAGAAGUUGCUGAAACAAUUUACUGCUGCAUUUAUUUUACAAGCAGUUGAUGGACUGCUGCAAAUUCUUCAAUUUUAAGUAGUUGCGUUAUACUUGAGAUGUUAAAAAGUUCUUCUGGAUAAUAUAUCCUAAACUCAUGGCCUACCAAAUGAAAUUCUGUGUCCAGCUGCGAGCCAGUUAUAGCAGAGUACAAAUUAUCAAACGCAUUGUACAAUUUAUUACCGUCUAGAGCAUAGGAUCCAUAAUCCUGACUUAUGAUAGUGCUAUAAUUAGUACCUCCCUAACAUUUUCCAGAGUAAAGUUAUUCCCCUCCCAUUCCCAAUUUAGUAAGUAUUGAAAAAAGGAACUAUGUUCCACAAUCGUAGUUACUGAAAGCCGUUUUAAGAGAAAUUAACAAUCCUACAUUGCAUAGUACUAUUUGAUAGUACUUUUCAUUUUAUUUUCAAAACUCAAAUAAAGUUGAAUGUUAUGGUCUUAUUGUUUAUUAUUUAGAAUCCAUUGUUCCUUUUCAUCCCAACAAGACUUUGAAAGAAUACAUGAUUCUCUACACUAGGGAAAACCAACCAUAACAGAGGUAAUAAUGGAAGGAAAUACAAGAGAGUAAGUCAAGCCUAUUUAUGAAGAACCUUCUGGAUACCUAGUGUAAUAGGGCAGUAUUUCUCAGAGUGGCCUGCAGAGCACCUGUGUGAGCAAAUAUCGAGUGUGGCUGCACAUUACAGAAACCCGGCCACCAUGGCAGAACCACAUAGGGCCUCAGUUUCCUGAUGUCACAAGAUGUGUGGAAUAGAACAGGACUGGUGCAGCUGCUUGAGGAAAUUAUCACGGAUCCAGGCUCCUUGUAGCUCCCUUCUCCUUCCUCGUUGGCCGGUGACUUUUACCCUCACGGUGGCAAAGUGACAUCUGUAACUCCAGGCAUCCCAUCUGCUUUUCAGUAGGGCAAGGAGCUUUCUCUUUAUGAGGCUCGGCCUUUCAUCAGGAAGGGACCCCACGCCAGGCCAGCACUGUCACAUGGCCACACCCAUCUAUCAUCUUAAGAUGAAUUUUAACUGGCAUCUCACCUUGCCACCCUUAAUACGGCCUGUGUGUUGUAGUAAAGAAUGAGGGGGAGAUGGAUAAUGGGUGAGCACCUGCAGUGUCUGCUGUACUCUGCAUCAGAAUCACCUGAGCUGCUGGAAAUGAAGAAUUUCUGGCUACCUACAGAGGGAAUCUCUGGGAUAGGCCUCUCGGCUCUGUAUUUUAACACGCUCCUCCCAUGAUUUCAUGCAUAAUGAAGCUUGAGAUCCACAAGUAUAGAGGAUAAGGAAGUGGCAGAAACAGAUGUCUGCUCUACAAUCUUGCUUAGGAGACAUAAUACCAUAUAUUGGAAACAACCAGAGGACAAUACUUCAUUCCAUGAGUAUCAGUUCGGAUGCGUUUGGCCUCAGGUACUAGAAAACCCAAGUCAAAAAGGCUUAAACACUAAGGAAAUUUAUUUUUUUUAAUGUAAUCUAAGUCAAGAGGUAGUAUGGGUUCCUGGUUGGUGCCCAGUGAAGAUGAAGGCUCAGAUUCUUUUUCCUCUCCCCUCUGUUGUUGACUUUAUAGCCUCAUUCUAUAGCAGGUUCCCCACUCCCGGGUUGUCAAGACGCUGCAAGCAGCAAUCAGUGCUUUAUGUUUUCUUGUUCACAUUCAGUGCAAGACCAAAAAAGGCUUCCAAUUGCUCUCAAGUGAGAAAGAAUUCUUCUAGAAACUCCAAUAAUCCUCUAUUUGUGUCUCAUCCCCAAGAAUUGAAUUACAUGCCCAUUUCUGAACUAAACACUGACAAGGUGGCGAUGACCUUUUAACCAGUUAAUGCAUUUUUUAUGCUAGAGGUAUUUCCUCAAUUUGCAUUGCCCCAAAGGGGUGGGGGCAAUUGGAGUAAAUCGCUAUGCAGUUAACUGCCCCCAGUCAUGAGCAUUUUGGCGCUUUAGAAGCAGCCAUGCUGGCUCCUUCCGCUUGGACGAGCUUCGCCUCAAUGCAGAUCCCUACCCUUAGGGUGAAGGUUGGAUGUGAGAUCAGAGUUGUGGCAAGAAGACCAUACAGGAGCCACAAGUUUAUCACUUUGCUAAUCUGGGAAGACUAUCUAUUCUAGCCAAAGCAUUUGCUGAUUCUUUGAGCAGCCGCAGGGAGUGCCUCUCAAAUUCCUUGUUUCUCAUAGCCACAAUGGUCAUAUAUUAAUUCACUUUCAAUUAACACAUCUUUGGAGGUACAAUGCAUUUUUUCUGUUCUCCCUAUGAAAAUUGACAGCAAAAAUUCUUGAUAGGGGAACUCUAGUCUCCAAGCCCAAUAGUGUAUCAAGAUGUAUUUAGGAUCACUUCUACCCUGGAAAUGCAGAUUCAUUACAUGAUAGUCUAUGCUUGGAAAAGAAUACUUGCACAAAGUCUCAUGGCUGCUUCGUGAUAGAGCCAGAACCCAAUCUGAGGCUAUGUGACCACCUUUUCUUUGAGCUUUUUCAGUGUUUUUAUAGCGACAUCAUCUGUGUGGGUAGAGUAGAUGUAGCCAAAUAAAACACCAAGGUUUGGGUGCCUGAGUGAGUGAGGCAGGUUUACUGGGGGAAAAGUUGAUGAAUUUGAUUCUGAAUUUGCAAAUUCAAUGGCAAAUGUUCCAUCGGUCAGUAAAGAUAUGACUCAAGUUUGAAUAAUUAAUGCUGGAGAUUUAGACUUUGAACUGUUACUAUAAAAGAAAGCUGAAGCCAGACUCUCCAAGAGACAAAGACUAAAGAAGACAAGUAGCAAAAGGAAGGGAAGAGAGCAGUGAGGAACCCAACAGUUAGCGAGGGGAUGGGAGCCGGGAGCCAGGGCUUAGUCAGAAGAGACAUGCCGUAAGAAUUAGUCCUUUAAGGGCAAAAUACUGUGACUCAGAGAGGACAUGAAGGCAAGACCAGGCCCCUUAGGUCUCUUUCAGACCAGCACUCCCCAGGAUAUUGUAUAACUUGGAAUUUCCACCUACAUUCUCAACCUUUUUAGUGUCUCUCAAAUUUUACAUGUGGAGAAAUCAAGGAAACUAAAGGCAUAAUGACUUGCCUAACACAUGGCACCAGGGAUUACAUUUUACAUUAUUGUACUCAAUAAAAAUACAGAGGGCUACAUGUAAGAGAUUACACCAGGUAUGGGGCACUUCUUUCUAAACCUAGGACUUACUAGCACAGUAUAAUAAGUCUUGAGAGACCACGAGUUCAGAGUGACCAGUACUCUUUCCAGAAAGCAGACCUGUACCCUUAUCCUCAAGAUUCAGAUUCUUAAACCCAGCAAUCCCACUAAGGCAUUAGGUCAGGAGAGCUCUUUACAGCAGGGAUCAAACUCAAGGGCCUACAGGACCCAGGCAAGUAACAGGAAGGAGAAAACUGGGCUGAGAUGUGGUGAAAUCAUAGGUCCAUCCAUUUUCCAUUUCAUCCAACCAUGCAAAUGCUCCU